AUGAACAUACAUAACCAAAGUGGAAGAGAUCUGCAUGAGGGUCUGGGAGAUGUCGAGGCUCCGGGUAUGUCUCUAUUCGGCUUUGGCACGGACAACCUGGUGACUCUACUUGUGUUUGGGUUGAUCUUUGUGAUCGGCGUGGUGGGAAAUACUCUGGUGAUCGCAGUGCUGGCGAAGCGCAAAGCAGGUCAAAGACGCGGUACCACCAACAUCUUUAUCCUAAACUUGGGCGUGGCUGACCUGUCCUACCUGUUGUUCUGUGUGCCCUUUCAGUCCACCGUUUACAUGCUGCCCACGUGGGUGCUUGGCGCCUUUAUUUGCAAAUUCGUGCACUACUUCUUUACAGUUUCCAUGUUAGUUAGUGUGUUCACAUUGUCUGCUAUGUCAGUGGACCGGUAUGUGGCCAUCGUGCACUGCAGAAGGUCCUCUUCGAUCCGGCUGGCACGGCAUGCAUUGAUCGGUGUGUUGGGUAUCUGGGCACUCUCUCUGGCCAUGGCGGCACCGGUUGCUUACCAUCAGCGCAUUGUGGAGAGUGAGGAUAACAGCACUUUCUGCUGGGAAGUGUGGCAUGAUCCCACCAGGAGGAAAGUCUACGUGGUGUGCACGUUUGUCUUUGGGUACCUGUUGCCCUUGCUCCUCAUUUCAUUCUGCUACAUGAAGGUCCUGAAUCACCUACACAAAAAGCUAAGAAACAUAUCCAAGAAGUCUGAAGCAUCUAAAAAGAAGACAGCACAGACAGUGCUGGUGGUGGUGGUGGUCUUCUGCCUGUCCUGGCUGCCACAUCAUGUGGUGCAUCUCUGGGUAGAGUUUGGCUCGUUCCCCUUAAAUCAGGCGUCGUUCCUUUUCCGUGUGGUGGCUCACUGCCUGGCCUACAGCAACUCCUCUGUCAACCCCAUUAUCUAUGCUUUCCUCUCUGAGAAUUUCAGGCAGGCCUAUAAGCAAGUGUUCCGCUGCCGUGUGGGUACAAACUGUCCCACCCAAGAUGGAAGAGAGAUGAGGACCAAGAUGGAGAUGGUGCCAUCCACCAACUGCACCACUGUUUAAUCAACUCUGAGUGACUCAGAAAACUGUGGACACUGAGGUAAAUC